AUGGUGCUAACAAGGCUACAAAUCAAAAAUGCACAAUUGGAUCCAUCAGGCACAUCAACAACAGACAAUGAUGUUGAGAAUAGUCAAGACGAUAAUUUGAAAAUGUAUGAUGAAAGUGAAUUGGCACAAAAUGUGCAAAAUAAUCUAGUGAACUAUCAGCAACAACAAAGUAAUAAUGAACCACAUAUUGAACACCAACAGGAUCGGGAAAUUCCAUUAGAACUAAUGUGCAACUUAAUAAUACCAUUUAUCGAACGCCCUUGA